GGCUUCUCUCUUCACGCCCACGAACUCACGCCCUUGUCCUCACUAUCAACGGUGGAAUCCCAGCCAGCUGCGCAAGCACACAUUCCCGAGGAGCUGGGUAUUCCACUGGUACACGCGCCGUUACGUGAUUUAUUUAUUUAAUUGUAGUUAUAUAAUAGCGAGUGACAAGACAUAUGCAUUUUCGACCACGGCUGACAAACGGACUUAAUUUGCUACGGAAGUCCAGGGGCUUUGAAUCUUUCACAUUUUGGCUGUGUGCCAGUCAGACACACACUACAUCAGUAAACUUUAAAACACAGAGUAGGUAAGAAAAAAAAACAAACAGAAUUAGGAUCACAUUUAAGAACUAAGAUCACAUCUGGACAUAACACUCCAAUCCACCAACACAAGUUGUAGACCUACAACCAAAGCCCCGCCACCAGCUACCAUACCACAAGGCGAAGAGGAAGAAUAUUGUUGCUGUUAUGGCGGAACCAGGCCUUUCCUCUCCCACGGACUCAUCACUGCGGUCACCCCGCAACACACCCUUCUCCCUGUCCUUCCCCUUUGUGCGGGAAGGAAGCCGCGUGUGGGAGAGGGCACCGCCGAUUCCAGGAGAGCUGCCCAGCCCGUUGCCCACCAAGCGCACCCGCACCUACUCGGCCACCGUGCGGGCCACCUCAGGACCAGUCUUCAAGGGUGUGUGCAAAAACUUCUCCAGGUCACAGGGGCAUGGCUACAUCCGUCCUUCCCACGGUGGGGAGGACAUAUUUGUCCACAUCUCCGACAUCGAAGGGGAGUAUGUUCCGGUAGAGGGAGACGAGGUCACCUACAAGGUCUGCCCCGUUCCACCCAAAAACCUCAAGAUCCAGGCCGUGGAUGUGGUCAUCACACACCUGAACCCAGGAACAAAGCAUGAGACCUGGUCAGGCCAGAUCAUCAGCUCCUAGGCUCUGGUCCUGGUCCUGGUCCUCUGAACACA